AAACAUUUGUAAACUUUUUUUUUGACGUUUAACCUAUAGUGCAGUCGUUUGUUUAUUAUUUGACGUUGAAUAUGUGAGCCAAAAAAAAAUCAAGAUUACACAAAAAUAAACAAAUAUGAAGGAUCUCGCAGUCGAAGUUUGCGACAAAAACGGAGCAUAUUAUAAGGCCAUUGUCAACGAUGUCUUUGAAGAAGAGCUUUUAGUAGCAUUUGAAAAUAAUUGGCAACCAGAAUCUAAGGUACCAUUUUCUGAAAUUCGUCUCCCUCCAAAAGAUGGACCAAAACCUGAAUUGCAUGAAAAUCAGGAAAUUGAAGUAUUUUCACGUGCACACAAUAAAAAAGCUCGUGGAUGGUGGAAGGCGAUCAUUAAAGUGAUCAGAAGGGGAUUCCAAGGAGGAUUUAUAAUUGUAAAAUAUUCAAACUUGAGCAAGGAAUAUGAAUAUUAUACUGAAAUAAAUUGCUCUGACAUUGAGAGAUUAAGACUGCAGAAUCCUAAUCCCCCUAUUGAUAAAAAUACUUUUUAUAAAAUUGAAAUUAAAGUACCUGAAGAACUCCGUGAAUUUGCAAAAAUGGAUAAUGUACACAAUGAAUUUAAAAAGGCAAUAGGAGCGGCAAUGUGUCGAUAUGUACCUGAACGUGGAGUAUUGCUAGCAAUUUCACGUCAUGAAAAUAUACAUCAUUACAGUAAUAUGCUUCAGGAAAUGCAUAUUCAAAAUUUAACUGAAAAGGUACUUCUUUUAAAAAGAACAGAAGAAGCAACUCGACAACUUGAAUUAACAAAACUGCAGACGAGCGAAGGAUACAAUGACGAGUUUAACGUUCAAGAAGAUUUAAUGGGACUUGCUCUCGAUCUAGCUACUGGAGGUAUUGAAGCUCACGGAGCAAAUAUUCAUGAAAAUAGAAAAAAUGAUGGAAUUACAAACAUAGAAUUGAAGGAAAAUUCGUGUACAUUUGAAAUUUACGAAGAGAUACACGAUGCUGUGAAAAAAGCGCGUUCUAUGAUAGAAUAUAGUGAAGAAUCAAUUCCAAUACCAAAGGUUCUUAUUGGAAAACUGAUUGGAAAGAAUGGUCGUAUCAUUCAAGAAAUUGUCUACAAAAAUGACGUAGAAGCAGUCAAUCCAGAGAGAUUACAAAUUGGAAAUCACCGUGAAAAAAUUUGUUGCAUUUGUUUAACUGAACUAGCGACACAUGCUUUCAUACCUUGUGGACAUCGAGAUGUUUGUGGCACUUGUUGUGACGAGACAAUGGCAAAAUUAUUAUUAGAAAAAUCCAAAGAAAAUACAGAAAAUGAAGUAGCAAGAGGAAUAUGUCCCAUAUGUAGAAGUAGAUUUACUUCAAUUAACAUUGUCUAUAUAUGAAAAACAAAAUGUGAGAAGAAAAAAAUGUUUUCUUAAUAGUUGAAAAUAGUAAUUAAAUUUUGAUAAAAUAAUUUUUGUGCAAUAAAAAAAAAAAAAAAAUUAAGAAAACUAAAAAAAAAAAUAUCAAGAAAUUAUUUUUUUUUAAAAAAAAGUGAAUUAUUAACAGUAGAAAAAAAGAAUUAUUGUAAAUUGGAUGAAAUUGUAAAUAUGAAAAAUUAAUUUAUCCAUUAAUUAAUUCCAAUCUUUAAUUAC